AUGGCUGACCUGCAGAGCAAGAUGAAUGCCCACCAACAAGACAUUGACCGUGCCAAGGAGCAGAUUCACGACACCACCCAGAAGGCUGACUCGUAUUUGACCGAGUUGACGAAGCGUGUUGAAGAAUACGAGACGAACCAUUCUGACUUUGAGCCUGCUGGUCAGUACUUGAAGUCGGCGCUUGACGCAUCGCGUUCGGCGACGCAGAAGUUAAAGACCCAGGGCCAGGACCUGUCGGAGCGAUCGGUUCCCGUGGCAAUCGAUGGUAUGAACGCCGUUCAAAAAUCUUUGGACGAUCUUCAGAAACAAGCGGUUGCCUACGAUGACAAAUACGCGGGCUCUCGUGGGCAGCAAGCCAUGGAUACUUUGCACCACUGGGUAAAUGCUGGAUGUCAACGUGCGACUGACACAAUUGAAACAACCAACGAGCAGUUGACAAAGUUGCGUGACGCUGUCGGAAAUAUGGCCGGCCAAGCUACUCAUGGAGCACAAGUGGCUGUCGGCGAGGCCGCACGUGUGGCUGAAUACGGUGACGAGAAGCUGGGAGUGAGCACUGCGGCUGGUGGAGUCGUCCAGAAAGUCCGCGACUUGGAUGCACGCUUAGGUGUGUCGGCCACGGCUGCCAAGGUGGACACGAAGAUAACUGGUGGCCUUGGCUGCAAGGUGGCUUCAACUACUGUGGAUAUUGUGACGGAGAGCGUGACCUACAUCUCGGAGACGCUGCACAACGCGAAGCUGGCAGCUCAGCAGUCCGAUACAGCUCAGAGUGUUGAAGCGAAGGGAGCAACUGCCGCUGGCGCUGCUGCAUCCAAGAAGGACGAGGUGCAAAAGACUUUUAGUGAAAGCUUUGAGAAAGGGAAGGACAAGGUUGGCAUGGCUACGCAGAAGACUGAAGAGAAAGCAGGUGAGGUGAAGGACGUUACUGCGGAAAAGACCGAGCACGCGAAAGAAAAGGCUCAAGAUGAAGCGAGGGGGGCGAAAGGAAAGGCAGGCGAGAUGACCGAGUCGGCUAAGGAGAAGGCGGGGCAGACGAAAGAGACUCUAAAACACAAGGCCGGCGAGGCUGCGGAGACAGCGAAGAACAAGGUUGGUAUGGCUAAAGAUAAGACUGGCGAGACUGUUGACCAAGCUAAGGAAAAGAGUCAAGAGAAGGUGAACCAAGGGACACGUAAGGUUGGCGACGCGAAAGAUAAGACCCAAGAGGAGGUUGGAGAGUCGAAGGAACAGUCCAAGGGAAUUGUUGGCCAAGCCGCUGACAAAGCAAGCGAUUUAAAGGAAAAAGCCAAAGAGAAGGUUGGAUCGGCCGCAGACACUGCCAAAGGUAUGGGCACGCGAACGGAGGCCAAGACGACGAAGCCCAAAGAGCCGACACUUACUCAGGAGCAGACCGACACGGAGAAGGGUUUGGAAGCUGCUAAGCAAACGCGUGCAAAGGGGUCGGAAGCAGCAAAAACCGCUGCUGGAACGGCUCACAAGGAGUUGCAUGACAAGCACGCGAAGCUCGGGAAGAUAGGAGGGGAGCGCGAGACGCCUGGAUUCAAGGAAGCGCAGCAGCAUGCGUCAAAGAGCUCCAAGUGA